GGUUCUCCACCGGAUAUUACCGUGAAUUUGAGGUCAGGAGUUCUCUCUCACAGCCAUCUUGGAAAUAGCGUCCUGAGUCGCGACCAUGCCUGGCGAAGCAACAGAAACGGUACCAGUCACCGAGCAGGAGAUGCAGCAGCCUCAAGCGGAGACUGCUCCACCUCCUGCCCCAGCUUCCACCCAGCAUCCUCAGGUAGCUUCUGGCUCCGCAAAGGCCAAAGGCAAAGAUGCCAAAAGUGGGCAGGGUUCUUCUGCCCCAAAGGCUGUACCUGGCAGAAGAAAACGUUCCUCUAUGUCUGCCUCUUCCUCUUCACCCACUUCACCUAAAUCUACUCCGCGGUCACCUAUGGUGUCACCUUUGGCUUCCUCGGCUGGUAACUCCCCUGCUAAUCGCCCCACCCCAAAAGUAGUUAAGGCUGGCAAACAAGGAAAGGCUAAGAAAGGAGAGGCAUUUGAGCCAGCUCCUGUCCAGGUAGACCACAAGGUCCCUGAGGUAAAGGAAAAGCCAGAAGAGCCUAAGCUGAAGAAAACUGUAACGGCUGAAGCUAAAGCUGUCCCAGUUGAAAAAAAAUCUCAGCCACCUCCAGCAUUUAAAGUCACCCCCAAGCCUGCGUUGGCAGCGCCAAUUUCCUUUUCAGAUGCUCUUACUUCAAGCCCCCCAAAAUCAGGUGAUAAGGUGGUUUACUCAAAACCAGCUUCCUUUAUAGUCGAUGAUGACCUCCCUCCACUUAUCCCACCUCAGAAGCUUGUUAAAAUGCCUGUCUCGGCAUCUGCUGUUGCCAAAGAGAGAGCAAACCCUGUUCUGUCUCCUUCUGAGCCCAGAUCACAAGCUGUUGUUUCUGCCCCUGCAGAGGUCACUACAACCAAGACAGCUACUGAACCCAAGCCUUUGCCUGGUGAAGCUCCUAAGGCAGCAGCCCCAGUGAAAACUGUAGCUGAGGGAGUCAUUAAAACAGCUUUGACAGACUCCAAGGCUAAGCCUGCUGCUGGUAAGACUGGCCAGGACAAACCUUCUGCUGGGGCUGCUCAGCCAGCUGAUGAGACUAAAUUGAUCUCUAACAUGGCUCCUAAACAGACUGAGGACAAUAAAGCGUCACCUCUUAAAGUUACAAAGCCAAAUGCUGGUGUAAAGUCAGCCCCCGCCGAGUUUGACAAGCCAGCUGCAGUACAAAAGAAAACUGAGGUUACCAAACAAGCACCUGAAAAGGGUGCCAUGGUAGUUCAUGAGGCUAAAUUGGGUGACUCAAAAGCAACAGCUGCUGAGGUAACUAAAGCAGCUUCUGAUACUCCCAAGCAGACCAAGGCCGCGGCCUCAGAGGCGCCCAAGCAGGCCAAACCAACCGCCGUCGAGGUGCCCAAGCAGGCCACGGCCAUUGAGGCGCCCAAGCAGGCCACGGCCACCGAGGCCCCCAAGCAGGCCAAGGCCACGGAGGCGCCCAAGCAGGCCAAACCAACAGCCGUCGAGGCGCCCAAGCAGGCCACGGCCACCGAGGCCCCCAAGCAGGCCACAGCCACCGAGGCCCCCAAGCAGGACAAGGCCACGGAGGCGCCCAAGCAGGCCAAACCAACAGCCGUCGAGGCACCCAAGCAGGCCACGGCCACUGAGGCGCCCAAGCAGGCCAAAGCCACGGCCACCGAGGCCCCCAAGCAGGCCAAAGCCACGGCCACCGAGGCCCCCAAGCAGGCCAAAGCCACGGCCACCGAGGCCCCCAAGCAGGCCAAAGCCACGGCCACCGAGGCCCCCAAGCAGGCCAAAGCAACGGCCACCGAGGCGCCCAAGCAGGCCAAAGCCACGGCCACCGAGGCGCCCAAGCAGGCCAAAGCCACGGCCACCGAGGCCCCCAAGCAGGCCAAAGCCACGGCCACCGAGGCCCCCAAGCAGGCCAAAGCCACGGCCACCGAGGCGCCCAAGCAGGCCAAAGCCACGGCCACCGAGGCGCCCAAGCAGGCCAAAGCCACGGCCACUGAGGCGCCCAAGCAGGCCACGGCCACCGAGGCGCCCAAGCAGGCCAAACCAACAGCCGUCGAGGCGCACAAGCAGGCCACGGCCACCGAGGCGCCCAAGCAGGCCACGGCCACUGAGGCGCCCAAGCAGGCCACGGCCACCGAGGCCCCCAAGCAGGCCAAAGCCACGGCCACUGAGGCGCCCAAGCCAGCCAAAGCCACGGCCACCGAGGCGCCCAAGCAGGCCAAAGCCACGGCCACUGAGGCGCCCAAGCAGGCCAAAGCCACGGCCACUGAGGCGCCCAAGCAGGCCACAGUCGCCGCCACCGAGGCGCCCAAGCAGGCCACAGUUGCCGCCACCGAGGCGCCCAAGCAGGCCACAGUUGCCGCCACCGAGGCGCCCAAGCAGGCCACGGCCACUGAGGGCCCCAAGCAGGCCGCAGAGGCGUCUAAAGCAACUUCUGAGACUCCUAAACAUGCUAAACUGACCACUUUUGAGGUUCUCAAAACAGCUGAGAUUCCUCAACAGGCCAAACCAACAGCCGUCGAGGCGCUCAAACAGACUGCUGCUGAGGCACCUAAGCCAGCAAAAGAGAAGACGGAUGAGGCGGCACCUAAACCGGCCAAACAAUCUGCUGAAGCUCCCUCAAAACCCGCUCCAGUUGAGCCUAUUGUUCCACCCACAGUCCCUCGUAAACUUACUUUUGCCGAGGCAGUUGCAAAGCCUGCGCCUGUCAAGCCUGAAGCUGAGAAAAUAAGUGCUGCUCCCUCUAAUCAAGUCCUGUCAUCUAAACCUGCUCCAACCCAAGUCAAGGUGGAGCCUGUGAUCAAGAACGACAAUGGAUCUGGCACAGAGUCGGACAGUGAUGACUCGGUUCCUGAGCUGGAAGAACAAGACUCUGCGCAGACACAAACACAACAAGCUCAGCUUGCAGCAGCUGCUGAAUUAGACGAGGAGCCUGUAAGCAAAGCCAAACAGAGCCGCAGUGAAAAGAAGGCACGAAAGGCAAUGUCAAAGCUUGGACUUAGGCAGGUAACAGGGGUCACCAGAGUCACCAUUCGCAAGUCAAAGAACAUCUUGUUCGUCAUCACCAAACCAGACGUCUACAAGAGCCCUGCGUCAGAUACAUACAUCGUCUUCGGUGAAGCUAAGAUUGAAGAUCUUUCUCAGCAAGCCCAGCUGGCUGCUGCAGAAAAGUUCAAGGUGCAGGGAGAAGCUACAGCAAAGAUCCAGGACAACACACAGACGCCCACAGUACAGGAGGAAAGCGAAGAGGAAGAGGUGGAUGAGACCGGAGUUGAGGUCAAGGACAUCGAACUUGUCAUGUCACAAGCCAACGUGUCACGGGCGAAGGCUGUACGUGCCCUGAAAAACAACAACAACGACAUUGUCAACGCAAUUAUGGAGUUGACGAUGUAACGGGAUCCUGUCAAAGAGUUGAAGAAAGGUUGCUGAUUAUAUCUAAGCUCGUUUAUACAAUUUAUACCAAGAUGGAAAUAAAGUUGUGGCUUGAUGAAAUUA